AUGAGUGACGAAAAUCAAGUCGAUAUUCCAAUUAGAAAAGAAUCAUCUAGUUCUUCAUCAGUUGAAAGUAGAUUUAUAUUCGGUGAGUCAUCCGAUCCGAUACACAUUCAACAAAGUCAACAAGAACCAUUUUUAGCAGAAGAUAAUAAAAAUAAUUUUCAUAAUAAAUCAAACAGAUUAAAAAAUCAUGUUGAAAAAUCAAUUGAUCAAACAUUAGAUUAUUCUUCGAAUUAUUUGGAAGAAACAUCAAUGAAUCCAUUGAAUGAUCAAUCAUCAACUUAUAAUAUUCUUGACCAAUCAAUGAAUGACGGAGAUCCAUUAUCUUACUCUGAUAAUGAAACUCAUUCACAUUUAUUACCAAACGAUAAUCAAAUAUCAAAUACUGAUCAUCAAUCCAAGGCACAACGUCAACUUGAUGAAGAAGAUAUUCCACCAGCUGAUAUGAAACUUAAUGAAAUACCAAUUCAGAAUGACAAUAAUAAUAACAAUAACAAUGAUGGUGAUGAUAAUGAUAGGUUAACUAUCGGUUUACUAUCAAAUUCAGCUGAUAAUUUCAGUUCUACAAAAUAUGAAACAUCGUUUGAACAUCAUUCUAUUCAAGAUGAAUCAAUAAUUGAUCAAACAGAAACUUCUUCGACAGAAUCAAAAUCGAGUUCUGAGGAGAAUAAUUCUUCAAUUGAAUACGAAAAAUUAAAUGAAAAUCAAUCGACAGUCGAUAAAACAAAGAAUUCUUCGACAGAAUCUGAACCUGAUUCAAAUGAUAGUUCACAUUUAAAUCAAUCUGAAGAACAAACUGAAAAUGAUAAUGAAAAUAAUAUUAUUUCAGAUGAACCAUUGGUUGAUGAAGCAGGAUCAAAAACAAAUUUAAUUGAAAAUCAUUCGUCGCACGAAUCUGAUAUCGAAGAUGAAGAUGAAGAUGAACAAAGCGUGAAUAUUCCUACAGGAGAAUCAACCGAAUCCGAUUCAAGUUCGACUGAAGAUUCUCACUCAGUUGAAUCAGAAAAAUCAAAUGAAAAUAAUAAUCAAAAUGAUAUUUCAUUAAUUGAAUCUACUGUUGAUGAAGCCAAAAAUAUUUCGAAAGAAUCCGAAUCGAAUUCGAUUGAAGAAUCUCCAUUUGAUAAUAUGCAGAAACAAAAUGAAGAUGUUGAUGAACAUGAUAUUUCUUCAGAUGACUUAAUUAUUGAUCAAACAGGAAAUAUUUUAACAGAAUUACAAUCAAAUAUAAGUGAUAAUCAUUCUUUAGUUAAUCUUGAAAGAACAAAUGAAAGUGAUAAUUCUUUAGUUGACUCAACAGUCGAUCAAACGAAAAAUAUUUCAACAGAAUGCGAAUCAAAUUCGAUAGAAGAUCUUCAAUCAGCUGAAUCGGAAAAAUCAAAUGAAGAUAAUAAUCAAAAUGGCAUUCCUUUGGUUGCGACGACAGUAGUGGAUGAAACAAAUAAAUCUUCAAUAGAAUCAGAAUCAAUUUUAACUGAUAAUGAUUCUUCAAGAGAAUCUGAAAAUGAAAAUAGAAACGAUAAUCCUUUAAUGGAACCAAUAUUCAAUGAAACGAACAGUUCUACGACAGAAUUUCAAUCGAAUUCAAUUGAAAAUCUUCCAUUAAUUCAAUCAGAAAAAUCGAAUGAAGAUAAUUAUGAAAAUGGUAUUCAUUUAGAAGAACCAACAGAUGAUCAAGCGAAAAAUAAUUCAAUUGAAUCCGAGUCAACAUCGAUUGACGAUCCUCAUUUAACUGAAUCGGAAAAGUCGAAUGAGGAUGAUAAUAAUAAUAGUGAUUGUCCUUUGGUUGAAAAAACAGUUGAUGAAACAAAUAAUUCUUCAACAGAGUCCGGAGCAAUUUUAACUGAUAAUAAUUCUUCAAGAGAGUCUGAAAAAGAAAAUGAAAAUCCCAAUAAACGUACAGAAAUCAACAAUUCAUUAAAAUCAUGUUUAUUACCUGAUGUUGCCAAUGAAAUCGUGAAAGAGAAUCAUAGUAAUUCAACUGAUGAUAAUAUUGAAUUUGAAAACGAAUCAAUUGAACAAGUUAAUAUACAAAAUGGAAAUCAUUUUGUCGAAAAAUGUUUAACAAGUCAAUUAAUAGAUACUGACAAUAGACUUGAAAUAAAAUCAAACAAUUUAAACAAUGAAGAUAAUGAAAAACAAUCAUCAGUAUCAAAUAGUAAAUUAAAUCCAUCAGAAUUCGAAGAUAUUCUUGGAAAUAAAAGUUUACUAAAACAAACAACAGUUACAGGUGAAUCGGAUAGUCGUCCAACACGUAGCACAAUGGCAACAGUUUCAUAUAAAUUAUCAAUAAUUGAUAGUUUAACUUCAAAUAUUCAUUUAAUUGAAAAUGUAUCAAAAGAAAGAUUUUUUAUUAGUGAAUGUGAUAUUAUAGGAGCAAUAGAUAUUUGUGUUCAAUCGAUGAAUCGCGGUGAAUGUGCUUUAAUUAAUUGUGAUAUUCGGCACUGCUACGGUGAAAUGGGUUGCCAUGAAAAACAAAUUCCAGCAAUAUCAACAAAUAAUUCCUAUAGAAUGUUAAUCGAAUUAGAACUACAUGAUUGGCAAAGUCCACCUGAUAUCCGUAAAUUAUCCAUUGAUGAAAGACUUUAUUGGGGAGAUAAAAAACGACAUAUGGGAAAUUUUCAUUAUCGUCGUCAAGAUAAUUCAACAGCUCUUCAAUGUUAUAAUGGUGCUCUUCGUUUCUUAAAUACAGAUCUUAAUCCAAUAUUAAUAUCAUUUGAUGAAAAUCAACGACUAAUAUUAAAUGAUCGUUAUAUACAAGUAGAAAAUAAUGUUGCUCAAGUUAAUUUACUUUUAAAGAACUACGAUGUGUGUUUAAAUGCUGUUGAAAAUGUUCUUAAACAUGAUCCAAAUAAUGUUAAAGCUUUAUUUCGACAAGGAAAAGCUUUUUUCCAACUAGGAUUAUAUGACAAAGCUAUUCCACCCUUAAAAUUAUUUAUGCAAAUUCAAAAAGGAAAUUCAAAUGCUACUGUUGAUAAAGAAAAAGUGACUGAAAUGAUUCAAACUUGUGAAAAUAAAUUAGCUCAUUAUGAAAAAAGUGAAAAAGAAAUCUAUCAACGUAUGUUUAGACCAAAAACAACAGCAAGUUCACCAUCUAAUCAACAACGCCAAACAAAAGCUACUAAUCAGAUUGAUAAUAGAAAUGCUAGUUGGUGGCCGUACGUUGCUUUAGGUAGUGCUGUUUUAGCGACUGUUGCUCUUGUCACAUUUAUCAAACAUCGGAAAAUUUCCUGA